AUAAUCAAAGAUUUUGUGAUUUAGACCGGGUAUAUAUAUAUGCAUUGCUCCGUUACGUCGCAAAGCUUUGAACAGACAAUCAAAAUUUUUCUAUCAUGGCUGUACUAACUUUCUCCUUAUUUUUGUGUUUAAUAAUUGGAAACGUAGUUGCGGAUGAAAUUGUAAAAAACGACUCUGACUUGAGGAAGGAUUUGUUUGCAAACUACGACAAACUAGUGAGACCUGUCAGAAAGGCCAGUGAUGUUAUUCAUGUGAAAUUUGUUCUGGCCCCUUUUAGAAUCAUAGAUGUGGAUGUGACGGAGAAAACUAUCACAAUGGAUGCCAUGUAUCUAAUGUGGUGGGACGAUCCCCACUUCAUAUGGAACCCUGCAGAUUACGAUGGACUUGAUGAACUCUCCUUGCCUCCUACUGAAGUUUGGAGACCUGAUGUAGCUCUCUUUUCAGCAACUCCCGGCACUUCUUUACUGCCAGAGGUAUUCUCCAACGUUAACAUCUUCCACAAUGGAACAGUGUUGUGGGCGCCUCCUUUCACUUUUAAGGCCAGAUGUCCUUCCGUUGAAGGGCAAGUGAACUUCAACACUUUCCGUUGUGUUCUCGAGAUGGGCUCAUGGACUUACGAUGCGAACAGAAUGAUUAUAACAGAGAGUGAACAAGAUGUUCUAAAUGGUGUUGGAAACGAAACUUUUGAAGAUAGCAAUGAAAACUGGAAAAUUAUAGCCAUGACAGCUAGCAGCGAGCAAAAGUUACACAGCUGCUGUCCCGUGAGUUACUCUCAACUCAAAUUUGACAUUCUCUUACAUAAGAAGCCUCAAAGGGACCCAUAUAUACUGUCAUCUCCUUGGGUAUAACAAGUAUGAUUACUGUUGAACAAGUGCUAAUUUUGAAGAGUCGGAUGUAAAUUUAUCAUUUUAUAUAUUGUAUUAAAAUGUAAUAUUUCUGUUUA